AUGGAAAACGAUGAAUUAUUACCUAACGCUUUACUAGAAAUCAACACCACACGACAAAAUUCGACUAAAAGAUCCCCAUUUUAUUUGCUUCAUGGAUAUGAACCACGCCUUCCACGUGAAUUGCACAUUGCAAGUUUCAUCGAUGACACGCCACUUGAAGAUCAACUUGACCUUCUUGCUUUAGCCAGGGCCGAAGCCGUAAAUAAUAUAUACGAAAAACAUCUAGAUAAUGAGCGCAGAUUCGAUCUUCACCUUCGAUCUCAUUCAUUUAAGACAGGAGAUCUCGUCUUGUACGACUGGCCUAAACAAGGAGCUCAUAAACUUUCUCCCAUUUAUAGAGGACCGUUUCUGAUUGUUCGUCCUGUCGGGGCCGCAUGCUACGAGAUCAAGUCUAUGGAUUAA